AUGUCUGAUUUGGAUUGGUCUGAAACUUCUUUUGACAUUGAAAAACGAGCGGAAGAAGGUGAACAAUUUUAUACAGAGUACCAAGAUCGGCGCUCUGAUACCAUGUCAAAUAAGAUAGAAAUGAUAGGAAAGAAAAUUGUAUAUUUUCUUCAAACCAUUGCUUCUAAGAUAUUGGAGAUAUGUCUCUCACCGGCAUACACCGGGCCCAAAGCUAGAACAGCUUUGCACGAAGCCGUGAUUAGCGGAGAUGCCGAUUUGACAAGAAAAAUACUCGAUAAAAACAGCAGUCUGACCAGAGACCAAGACAAAGAAGGAUGGACUCCGCUGCAUUAUGCUUCCUACUUCAAUCUUCUUCCAAUUGUGGAAAUGUUACUGGAAGAUGAUAAUAAAUCUGCUGCCUAUAUUGGCGACAAUUAUGGAAAGACACCUCUUCAUCUUGCGAUUCUCAAUGGCAAUAGCCAUUUAAAGCUGGUGGAAAAAAUUAUGUCAGUCUGCCCAGAUUGUUGGGACCUGACUGACAAUAGAGGCCGGAAUGUUCUCCAUUUUGCUGUGGAAAGCGGCAGUUUUAAAGGAAUGCGACUUGUUACUGAAAAACCUUCCCUGGCCAACCUAAUCAAUCAGAAAGAUGAAAAAGGGAACACUCCAGUCCAUCUAGUGGCUGCUCUUGGCUUUGAAGAUUGUUGUCUUACAGAACACCACCGAGUAGAUAAAAAGGCCGUCAAUAAUAAGAAUUUAACCGCUCUGGACGUGGUGCUAGAAACGAAGCAUAAAAGCAAAUUGCCAUUACCGGGAUUGACAGCAAGAUUCUUAAAGAACGCUGGAUAUAAACGAGGUCGGCCUGUAAUCCAGCUGAAAUCACCUGAUAGCAAGUCAAUAGUUGACAAUGAGUUAAUCCGUGUAUUCAAGGAAACAAGUAAAUCCCAUCAGAUAGUAGCCACUCUCAUAGCAACAGUAACUUUUGCUGCAGGUUUCACCGUACCUGGCGGUUACGGUAAUAACGAUGGCCCUGACGAAGGAACAGCAAUUUUAACUAGAAGAUCAGCCUUCAAAACUUUCCUUGUAACCGAUACCCUUGCGUUGGCCCUCUCCAUUUCUGUUGUGCUUAUCCACUUCUUAUUGGCAUUGCAACCAACCAACAGAAAGAUCUUUUUCCUAUUCACUUGGGCAUUUAUUUUCACUGUUGUUGCUAUGGAAUUAAUGAUGGUGGCGUUCAUGACAGGUGUGUAUGCAGUGAUGCCACAUUCCUCAUCAGGUCUUGCGGCUACCAUUUGUGUCAUCGGAAGUUGUUUUGCCUUAUUGUAUAUCUACCUACUCAAGUUUUGUUUGUUUGAUUAAGGAUUAUGUGAAAUUCUUGCUUAAACUAGGUAUAUUUAAGGUACAAAUAUGUAAGACUUAUGUCUUGUGUUUAUAAUGAACCGAAUUUAGGUAAGAAAAA